AUGAAGACAAUGGCGACUCGCCUUGUCCACUACUCAAGCUCCUCCUUCCCUAAAUUGCUACCCACAGCAGCGAACAGGAGAUUACUGUCUACGACUUCUGAGAAAGUUGAAGGAUCCAGCGCCCAAAUCAAGGAACCAAGAGAUCAGCAAAAACUUCUUGUGCUCGGAGGAAAUGGGUUCGUUGGUUCACAUAUGUGCCAAGAAGCUCUGGCUCAGGGUCUGAGUGUCUCCAGCCUCAGUAGGUCUGGUAGAGCAUCUCUUCCUGACUCUUGGGCUGAAAGUAUAGUGUGGCAUCAAGGAGACUUGCUUUCACCUGAUUCACUGAAGAAUGUGUUCAAUGGAGUGACUUCUGUGAUCUCCUGUGUCGGAGGUUUUGGAUCAAAUGCUCACAUGUAUGACAUCAAUGGAUCUGCAAAUAUGCAUGCUGUUACAGCAGCUGCAGAACAAGGUGUGAAAAGAUUUGUAUACAUCUCUGCCGCUGACUUUGGCUUGAUCAAUAAGUUACUUAGAGGAUAUUAUGAUGGGAAGAGGUCAACUGAGAAAGAGCUGAUGCAGACAUUCCCACAAAGUGGAGUAAUUUUGAGGCCAGGUUUCAUCCAUGGUGUUCGUAGGGUUGGGAGCCGGAACCUGAAUUUGAGUAUAAUCGGUGCUCCUCUGGAGAAGGCACUUCAACAUGCAAAGAUCCUGACUAAGAUCCCACUCGUCGGCCCUCUUUUUAUCCCACCUGUCAGUGUCGCGUCGGUGGCAAAAGUUGCUGUGAGAGCAGCAACUGAUUCGGACUUCCCUUCAGGCAUUCUUGAUGUAUAUGACAUUCGGGAGAAGGGCCUAGAAAAGUUGGAAUGA